ACAUUUGUGUCGGGGGAAAUCACGUGCUGUGUUCUCGAGCGUCAUUUCGUGUUACGUCGUGUUCUUUCGGUAAUUUCCGUUUUGAUUCGGUAAUUUCCGCCUGCUCUCCUUCCUGUGUUGAUCCCCGUCCCCACUAAAGACACUCGGAGGCCAUUAUCCUGCAGCCGCCUUCUUUUCUUUCACACUCGAAGAAAAAAACGCUUUGAAAAAUUGAUAAUCUAUUCGUGCAGGUUGAAUAAGCGCUCGGUUGGAUUGUUGCACGUCGUUAAAUCGUGAGGGACGCGCUCCUCGCCUCGACAGCCCUUCGGACAGUUUCGGCUGAUUUCGUGCGCCGCUGUUUUGAAAUGGACGCGACUGAAGAACCGGCGACGAAAGAGCUCGAGCUCGGCGACGCGUCCGAGGGCGCGUCUACUGGAGAGCCGGUGGGUUCGGAUACCGAAUCGGAGGCCGAAGUUGCCACGAUGACUGUGAUAGGAGAAGAGGGAAACAUCGACAUCACCGAAUCCCUCCCGAACCCGGACGAUGCCGAGACCGCGUUUGCGGAGGUCACAGCCGUCACUGUCGGAGACGUUCAGAGUUCAGAUGACUCUGUGUUUACGUCUGCAGUUGCAACGGCAACCUCUAUACCUGAACAUGUGCUGACAGGCAGAGCGACGCUUCAGAUCGGAAACACUCUGAGUGCCCAGAAGGCCACGCUGAUCGUGGUUCACACUGACGGGAGCAUCGUAGACGCCACAAGCCUGAAAGCCACAGGGACUCCCAUGACUCCUGGUCCUCAAACCCCCAACACCCCGCUGUCAUCUGGACAUGAUAAAGAUGUCUCGAAGUAUAACUGGGACCCGUCUGUUUAUGACAACGAGCUCCCGGUGCGCUGCAGAAACACCAGCGGCGUCCUGUACAAGAACAGACUGGGCUCAGGGGGCAAAGGUCGCUGUAUCAAACACAACAGUAGCUGGUACACACCGACUGAGUUUGAGGGGAUGUCAGGAAGAGCAAGCAGCAAAGACUGGAAGAGAAGCAUCCGCUACGCUGGACGACCGUUACAGUGUCUCAUUCAGGAGCGUAUCCUGAACCCUCAUGCAGCAUCCUGCACGUGUGCCGCCUGCUGUGAUGAUCUUUCUACAUGCACUAAAGAGGGCUCUUACAGCCAGGAGAGCCUCAGUAUGACGGGCCCCGUGCGACUCUUUGUCCCCUAUAAACGCAGGAAGAAGGACAACGAGCGAGCCGCGUCUCCCGAUAAUAAGAAGGAGAUUCAGUCUCCUAAAAACAUCACCAUCGCUCCUGGAGCCACGUUUACAGUGUCUCCGUCUGGUCAGAUCAGCACAUCAGGAACACUGAGUUUCGAACGAUCGGCGUCAGGAGAAACAGCCUCCAUCAUCUCUGACAGCCCUGCAGCCGCUGACGUCUACACUAACACCACCG